CCGCUGUGCCCCGAGAGCGGCGUCGCCCUGACGUGGCCGUACGCCCCGCUGCAGCUGCACCCAGAGACGGGAAGGAGCUGCAGCCUCAACCAGGUGCGCACCCCCAAACCAACCGCGUCUAGAGUCCGGAGGAUCCUCGACCCCAAAGUGGCUGUGCUAUGAACCAGGAGGCUCUUGCUCCCCAAGCGUUCUGCAUUCUCUGAUCUGCGGUGGCCUAGCCAGGAGAGACCUGUGCCCUGAAACAUACUUGCACCCUGAGCUACUGCACCCUAAAGCAGAAGGGUGCUGUGCCUCAGAGCAUCCCUGUGCCUGGACUGGCCGCACCACACAGCAAUGGAUAACGCUGUGCCGCUGGAAGCAGAGCUGAAGCACCAGUGGCUGUUCAACACAACCCUGAAUGACUCUUUUGCCAACCAGUUCAUUCAGCCCCCGUGGCAGGUGGCUCUGUGGGCUGUUGCCUACACUCUCAUCGUGGUGGUGUCGGUGGUGGGGAAUGUGGUGGUGAUCUGGAUCAUUCUGGCUCACAAGAGGAUGCGCACUGUCACCAACUACUUCUUGGUGAACCUGGCUUUUGCUGAAGCCUCCAUGUCUGCCUUCAACACAGUGGUGAAUUUCACCUAUGCCAUCCACAAUGAGUGGUACUACGGUCUGCUAUACUGCAAGUUUCACAACUUUUUCCCCAUUGCUGCUGUCUUUGCCAGCAUCUACUCCAUGACAGCCAUCGCCCUGGACAGGUACAUGGCUAUUAUCCACCCACUGCAACCCCGGCUCUCAGCCACUGCCACCAAGGUGGUCAUUGGUGUCAUCUGGCUCCUGGCAUUCCUGCUGGCCUUCCCCCAGGGUUACUACUCAGUGAUGGAGAAGCUUCCAGGCCGGCUGGUGUGUCUGGUGGCAUGGCCAGAGCACAGCACUGAUGUGUAUGGAAAAACGUAUCACUUCUGCAUGACCGUCCUGAUCUACUUUUUACCGCUCCUGGUGAUAGGGUGCGCCUACACUGUGGUCAGCAUCACCCUCUGGGCAAGUGAGAUACCUGGUGACUCCUCAGACCGCUACCAUGAGCAGGUCUCGGCUAAGCGGAAGGUGGUGAAGAUGAUGAUUAUCGUGGUGUGCACAUUCGCACUUUGCUGGCUACCCUACCACAUCUACUUCACCCUGCAGUAUUUCAACCGUGAAUGGUACCUUCAGAAGUUCAUUCAACAGGUCUACCUGGCUAUCAUGUGGCUGGCCAUGAGCUCCACCAUGUACAACCCCAUCAUCUACUGCUGCCUCAAUGACAGGUUUCGUGUAGGCUUCAAGCAUGCAUUUCGAUGGUGCCCAUUUGUCAGCGCUGGUGAGUAUGAGGGCCUGGAAAUGAAGUCAGCCAGGUACCUGCAGACACAGAGCAGCAUGUACAAGGUCAGCCGGAUAGAGACCACCGUAUCCUUAGCAGUUGGUGCUGCUGAGGAGGAGCUGGAGGAGAGCAACAAGGCCAAACGUCUCUCUGCAGACAUGACCUCCAAUGGCUCCUCCCGCAGUGACUCCAAAACUGUCUCCGAAAGCUUCAGCUUCUACUCCAACACACUCACCUAAUCAGCUCCCAGGCUCCAUCAGGCACCCAUGAGAGUCCUGCCAUACACUUUCUCUCACUGGGAUGCUCCAGCACUUGAUCCAACCAGCAUCAUCACCCUGUUUCGCAGCGUGUCGGCUUUUCUGUGUUAUCGCCUCUUGCUGUGCUGUUCACUCACCUGCUGUCCUCGGGUGAACCUGAGGGCAAAAGCUAUGGACUGGUUUCAUGGUGCUCCAUUAUGACUCAUGUCCAAAUGUAAAUAAGGGUUUUCUGGCCUCUACCUUGCUUGCUGCCUGUCCAGCCUGCCAGGGUGAGUGGGUAGGAUGCAGAAAUGGAACAUAGCUGAGGGUUUCUCCUAAACCAUAAGUACAGUGUUGGCAGGCACUUCCUUGCUCUGUGCAAGGCAGCAGGUGUCUCCCAGUGCAUUCAGCCUCCCCAGAAAAAUGAACCAGUAUUUCCUGUUCCUACCAUUAAUUUAAUUCUGUCAUUCCUGGUUGAGUAUCCAUAGGGGUAUACAAUACAAAAAUCCAGCAAAAAAUGCUGUUUUCAGCUUCAGGAGUUUGUAUAUACAAGGUGUACCCUCAGCCACUCAGUGCUUUGUCUCAGAGCCUGGUGUUUUUGCACCAGUCUCAGAUCAUCUCUAGUACCUGCAUUCCUCUGCAUGAUGGUAUUCUUCAGAACGCCACUCCACUACACAGCUUUGCAUCAAACAGGGCACUGCAAAGGGAUUCAGAACUAAGCCAGACUUUGGUUGCCACUAAUCAACCAUAUGUGCCAAAAUCAAUCACUGUGAUUUCCUAAAAGGCCCAAGGAGGUGUGCCUUGAAUAGAUUUUGGAAGCCUGUGGAGGUCUAGAGAAGAAUUGACUAAAUGUACUGAAAAGUUUUUCACAGCUUGGAAAUAUCUAGAGCCAACCAGAAAGGGGCACAACAUAAAAAGUUUGAAGGGUGACAUCAUUUUUUUUACUCAGAGGAGGGUUGAAAUGAUUCACUUUCACUUCCUUGGAUAUAUAUAUAUUUUUUUUUAAUCAGGAAAAAAUUAUUUUUUCCUCUCCCUACCUUGUGCAUAAAACAUUAAGUUUAUGAUGUGUAACUAGGAUAUAUUUUAUGUUUAAGUCCUGUUAAGAUGGUGCAAUGUUUCACUGGAGCUGUUCACAGCAAGGGCUCCUUUGGUCAGUAAAUGUAUGUAUGAAGAUACACUCAAGGGGGGUUGGGGUGGGUGGAAUUAAAUAAAAUGAGAAGUUGGCAAACUUGGUUUGUUGGGAACUAACCCACAAGUGUGGGGGCUGUUAUAUUGACUGCUCCUUCCUGCUCAGGAGUUGCUGGUAUAAUCUCGCACUUUUUGGUGCAGAAAUCAGACUCCUAAGGUGGAUUAACUGCAAAACAGAAACGAUGCAAAAAUGCAUGAUGGAAAAUGGCUCAUUCAUUUUAAAGUAGCCAAACAUCAGACCCUGCUGAGAACACAGCAAUUUUUGGAAGUAAAGCAGAGAUAUGGAGAGUAAAGUAGAGAUUUGGAGCUUGUCAACAAUUCAGCCUCCAAUCUGUCUCUUGGAAGAUAUAGUUAUUAAUAAAUCCCCAGCUUGAGUAGUUUUUGGAGAUAAUAUACACAUAGUCAAGCAAUGUCAUGAGCAGAAAUUAAAUGAAUGCAGCUGCAAAGGAUUGACAGGAACCACCAUCUUCACCUUUACCCUAAAUCCUCCCAAAGGCCACCUGUGAUGAACAGCUCUUCCAGCCACUUCCAUGCUCUUCCCGACCACUGCAACUACGCAGCAUUACAAACUGCUGUGUGUUUUGUGCAUGUGCUGGAAUAUGCUUAAACUUCUACUCCUGGCUGUUCUUGGGAAAGGCACAGGACUGCCUGGGGAUUGGUUUUGCAAAGAACACAAGCCCCAGGUAGCAGUGAUCAGAGGUAUGGGUGAUGCCAAGGGUUUUAACUCAAGGGUUAGACUAUAAAACUUUUCCACAAACACCAUAGGAGCUGUACUGCCAAUACAUGAGUAGGUGCUACAAACCUGAGCCAAACUCUGAUUUUCUUCCAGCUGCUAACUCUAACUCAAAGUCAAGGCAAAACCAAAUCUCUUGAAGUACACUAGAGAGCCAAGUAAGGCAAGCAGAGAUCUGGUCUAUACAUGCCAUCCAUGCACACACGAGUUUGUAUCAGCCUGUGAGCCUACAGAAGUCAGCAUUCAUAUAUAAUAUAAUGUGUAGAAGAAUAACUAUUUUGCCCUUUUCUCUUCCAUGUCUGAUGUCCAAAGGAUGCAGUGAUCAUGAGAUGUGCAGAGAAAUGACAACUGUCUUCUCACAAGCAAUGCACAGCUUGAAACAUGGGGAAAAAAAAAACACAAGAGUGUGCAUGUAGACCUUAAUUCAAGUUGACAGUACACCGUCUGAAAUGCUUCUUGUGCAUCCUGUAAACUAUCUCUUGAAAAAAAGUGGGCAAAAUUCCUACCUGUAAUAAACAGUGCCCAUGACCACAGUGGAGCCAGCCUGGUGGGAACAUGUCCAGGGGAUGCUCUUACCAGACAGAGGCCAAUGCAGGAAAACCAAAAUGCUCUGUGUAAAUGGGUACAACACGUCCAAGCCAAGAGUUUUUCCCCCCUUCAAAUGCCAAGUUGUUUUAUUCGUGAGGGCAGGAACAGGGAUGAGUAUUUUCACAUCUAGGAUCUAGUCCAACCUGUGCGAUGGGAUGUUUGGGCCAGGUCUGUGUCCAUGCUUAUGACAUGCAUCACGAACAUGCUUAUGAUGUGCUGGUUACACCAACCUUGGGAUGUUCUCUCUGCGCAAAAGUCACAGAAAAGUCUUAUGAAUAUUGAAAAGCCCAGAAAGAGACAGCCCUGCCUGGACUUGGGGGUGGGACAUCUACCCAUACCAGCCAAGUCUCUGCAAUAUUUCCAGCUUGCCCUUCAAACAGGCCAGCUAUAAUACAGAGACUUUUGCUAUUUUAUUAAGCUUGUUUUUCUGUUUUGCUUUCAGAUCUUUGAUUAGAAAUUCAAUUGCAAAGCCAGAGAGUUUCUUUGUCUCUUUCCUGACUCUCUGAAAUGCAAAACAGCAUCUGGAGAGAAUCACUCACCAGGUCUGCACACAUCCUCUGCUAUCUCCUACUUGGAGACAUACAGAUAAUUCCUGCCAUCAUAAAGGGGAACUGCAAAAACCCAGUUACGGUGCACUCCAAGCCAAAACCAUUGCAGAAGGGAGUUCUGAAAGCCAUUACCUUCCCCCUCCCUGCUUCCCCUUCCUCCCCAUCCCCCAGGAUUGAAAUAAACUCGGGUUUCCAUUCUUGCCUCCUUACAUACCUUGAUGUCUACUCAAUUGCUCCUAAAUAACAUCACUAACACACUGUUCCCUGUGUAACCAUUUAUAUCCCACCAGCUUGAAAUAAAAAACAGCAAAAGCCA